CGAACACCGGCAGAAUAACAACAAUACCGAUAUUAGCACGCUAGCUAUUGCUAACACGUUGGCUGUUCGGCCAAAAACGUAUUAAAUCCAUAAAUCCGUUUAGUGGGCUGAUAGCAGUCGAUGGAGCGUGUGCACGACAAGCACCUCAAGCGAAACAAGGCGCCGUCACCAACCAAGAGGAAGGAGGACGACAAGGGUAAACAGCGAGGCAAGGAGAAGUCGGGAGCCACGAAAGAAGGGGCAGACAAAGACCGCGGACGUGAGAAGAACCGCACACGCCGCAGUGCUUCCAGUGGGAGCAGCAGGUCCAGCUCCAGCUCCAGCAGCAGCUCGGGCUCCAGCUCCGGCUCCUCAAGCGGCUCCAGCUCCUCCGCCUCCAGCCACUCGGGCUCGUCCAGCUCUCGCUCCUCAUCCUCCUCAUCAUCAUCCACCUCGCCGAGCCCCAGCCGUCAGCGCCACAACAACAGACGACGCUCACGCUCAAAGUCGAAAUCAGCAAAGAAGGACGACAGGGAUCGACGACGUAGAAGCCCCACACCCAAACCCACCAAGGUCUACCUGGGCCGGCUGACAAGAAACGUCAUCAAGGAUCACAUCCAGGAGAUUUUCUCCACCUAUGGCAAGAUCAAGAUGAUUGACAUGCCCGUGAACCGCAUCCACCCUCACCUGUCUAAAGGUUAUGCGUACGUGGAGUACGAGACGCCCGACGAGGCAGAGAAGGCCCUGAAACACAUGGACGGAGGUCAGAUCGACGGUCAGGAGAUCACCGUCACAGCCGUGCUGACUCCCACGGUGCGCCCCCCACCUCGCAGGCUGUCCCCUCCCCGCAGGAUGCCUCCUCCGCCCCCAAUGUGGCGUCGCACUCCGCCUCGAAUGAGGAGAAGGUCCCGGUCUCCACGGCGACGCUCUCCGGUUAGGCGCAGGUCUCGGUCCCCCGGCCGCCGGCGUCACCGCUCGCGCUCCAGCUCCAACUCCUCGCGCUAAUGAUUUGCAAUUUCCUCCUCUUCCCAUCUGGAUCUGUUCCUCCUACUCUGUCCUUUUGAUCAGUGAUGAGAGCGUGGACAUUAGAAUUCUGUAAUGUGUCACUUGGUAGAAAGUUUGAGCCAGUGUUUAAGAUAGUGCACUGCAAUACAAGAGAAGAAGAAAGCACUAUAUGAUAGGAUUUCUUUUAGGAGCUUUAAAGCUAACUGGUAAGUACAGUCAAAUAAUUUGUCAGUGGUGGUGGAGAUAUUGAUUUACAAUAAUUUUAAAAAAUUAUAUAUGGAUUUUAUCUAAAUAGACACAGAAAAUACAGAUGAUGGAUGGAUCGAAACACUUGGAUGUUUUAAAAAUUCUCUACCAACACAUGCUGAAUUCUUGUUAGGACGUUGCAAAUCAUAUGCCAGGACUACAUGAUUGAUUCUUGUGUCUGUGCUCUCAUCACUGAACCAGUAAACUGACUAAUGAUUUAAUGAUACCGUGCACUUCCCUGAAAUCCUGCUGCUGAAGUUGCCAUUUUGAAACUUCUCAUACUAUUGUUGAAUCAGCAGAAUCUGUGACAGUAAAUCAUGAUUACAGAGGCAGCUACACAUAAAACACGAGUUUCCAAUA